AUGUCGGGUCCACUUUUACAAAGAAGAAAUGUCGAGUAUGUCCUCUUUGACAUGGAUGGCCUGAUGAUUGAUUCUGAAAAGAUCUACACUAUCGCUACUAAUGAAGUGCUCGGAAAAUUUGGGAAGGAGAUGACCUGGGACAUGAAAGCAGGAUGUAUGGGCAAACCUGAGAGAGAGGCCGCUAUACAUACUCUGUCGUUCUUCCCUGGCAUACCUAUUACUGUCGAUGAAUUUCUAGUGGAGAGAAACCGCGUUCAGGACACACUAUAUCACACAGUGUCGCUACUUCCCGGCAUAAGCAAGCUUGUGCACCAUCUAAAAAAACACAAUAUUCCAAUGGCCGUAGCCACCAGUUCUCGCCGCAGGAAUUUCGAGAUGAAAACUGCACUCCAUCAAGAGUUCUUCUCGCUUUUUGAUGGCAAAAUUGUCUGCGGCGACGAUAGGCAAUACAAUAUGAAAGGCAAACCCGCUCCGGAUAUCUUUCUGGUUGCUGCUACGGUCUUGGGGAAAAAUGUUGGCAAACUAGACGAAGUUCCCGAGGCCAUCCACCUCGUUGAAAGAGCGAAAGGACUUGUAUUCGAGGAUGCUUUGCCGGGGAUACAAGCCGGUAAAAGUGCAGGCAUGUCAGUCGUAUGGGUCCCCGACCCAAACCUUCUGAAGUUAACGCACCAAACUGAAGAAGUUCCCGACCAAGUACUUGCCUCUUUAGAAGAUUUUAAACCCGAGGAAUGGGGCCUACCACCAUACGACUCAUAA